AAACGAAGACCUCGGAUGGCGAUGCCAGAAGGGAUGCCUCCAGUUUUUCCCAACGGCUGGAUUCCUGUCAUUGAGUCCUCACAAGUGAAAAAAGGGGAGUUGAAAUCUCUCAGUGCAAUGGGCAAAGAGCUUGUGGCGUUUAGGACUGAGGAUGGAGAGGCACGGAUUUUCGACGCUUACUGCCCACAUAUGGGUGCCCAUCUGGGAGUCAUGGGCCGUAUACUAGACAACUGCAUCGUGUGCCCCUUCCAUGGCUGGAGAUUUGACGCUGACACUGGAGCGUGCACGCACGUUCCUUAUGCAGCAAAAGUUCCUUCGUUCGUUACUGCGAAAGCGUGGACGUGCGAGGAGCUCUUGGGGAUGGUGUUUAUCUGGUACCACGCGGAUGGCGAGGAACCUUCAUGGGAGAUACCAGCGGAUGCAUUAGAAGAGACUCUUGAGCCUGAGGCGUCGUGGUGCUUCGAACACCGGAUCCACACCCACAUCCAGGACAUAGCCGAAAAUGGCUCAGACAUGGGGCACUUCAACCAGGUACACCGUGUAAACGGCCUCGUCGAUGGCGUACAGUUCAAGAAGACCAUGGGCGAGACUUGGAAAGGCCGCAUAUUUCAGCACCAGUGGGCAACCAAUUGGAGCCCUUUCAAGCACGAGGCCACGGUGACCAUUGAUACCUCCCUAUCUGUCCUUGGUUGGAAGUCCAAGUACCUGCGCCUUAAUAUCGAGGCCCGCCAGGUUGGUCCAGCCCUGGUCAUCAUCCGAAAUUGCGGCCAUGGCACCAACUUCACGGUCAUUCAGUCACUGAUUCCCGAAGGGCCAUUCAACAUUAGGAUGCUGCACAGGGUGCACUUUGAACCACGAACGAGCCGGCUGGUACGAUGGACCUACUUUAUUGGGCUGCGAAACAUGGUGGAUCGAGACGAGAUAGUGUGGAACUCCAAAGCGUUUUUGAAGAAGCCCAUGCUUGUCAAGGAGGAACAAGCCGUCACCAGUUUUCGCAAGUGGUACUCUCAAUUCUACAGCGCCAGCAGUCCCACAUGGCAAGAAAUACGCGACCAGACCCUGGAAUGGUGACCGCGGUCGUGGCCUGAGCACCGUUGAGAAGCACUUGGCAUUGUGGCACUCACCAACGGCGUUGAACUUAGCUCUCAGUUUAACCUAUUUACGCAUUGUGGGUGGCCAAUAUGGGCGUACUUGAGCUAUUGUCGCCUUCUUUUCUUGUCGCGGCCACUUUGAGUGUGGCAUGGUGUGGCCGACGCAUGUUUGUGAACUAUAGCAUCUACGAGCAUUGCUUUAUAACAUUGCGGCAGGAGCGUAUCUGAA